AUGAUCUCAAAGGAGGAUGAGGUAGUUCCUUCUACUUACGUUGUAGCAGAGGCCAUACCUUCUCCAAUUGUUUCUCCGGAGGCCAUACCAGCUGCACCCUCUACUUUACAUCAUUUGUCCUUACAGGCAUUUCAAGGAUCGGGGGGCCAUUGUAUGAUUCGAUUUGAGGGGAUUUUACAUGGCUUGGCUAUUCAAAUCCUACUUGAUGGGGGUUCUUUCGAUUGUUUUAUACAUCUUCAAAUUGUUCAUCACCUCAAGCUUCUUAUGAAAUCAUUGUCCCAACCGCUUAAGAUUGCAAGCUCUGAUUUAGUUAUUGGUGCCGACUGGCUUGCCACAUUAAGGGAUCAUAUGGUUAACUACCGCACGGCUACCCUUAAAUGUUUCAUAAAUGAUUCCUUCAUUAUGUUGCAAGGAUUCCGUUCUCCUUUAUUGCGUGCUUCUCAAUUUCAUCAACUUCGUCGCUUAUCAAUUAUUGACGCUAUCUCAGAAUGUUUUCUUCUUAGCUGCGACGCCAUAACUGUUUCUACUGCUGUUUCGAACCUGGCCAUUUCUCCUUCUACCCCAUUGGAUUUAUCAGCAGUACUGUACUCUUUCAGUGACAUCUUUCAGGUUCCUUCAGAACUUCCUCCUCCUCGUUCUCACGAUCAUUCCAUUCCAUUGUUGCAGAAUAUUCCGCCGGUCAAUGUCCAGUCAUACAGGUACCCUGUUAUUCAGAAGGAGGAGAUUGAGCGUCAGCUCACUGAGAUGUUGAACUCUGGAUUUAUUCAACCUAUUCCUACAGUUGAUGAGCUUCUUGAUGAAUUGUACAGAUCUCAAUUUUUCUCAAAGCUCGAUUUACGCUUGGGAUAUCAUCAAAUCUUAGUCAGACCUGAAGAUCGAUUUAAGACCGCUUUUCGUACCCAUCAUGGGCACUAUGUGUCCUUCGGCCUCACCAACGCGCCAGCAACUUUCCAAUCCCUCAUGAAUGAUGUUUUUCCCUUGGAGUUAUUACGCCUCCAUAAGCUUUUUGCGAAACUCUCUCAGUGCAUGUUCAGGAAAUCUCAGGUUGAGUAUUUAGGGCACUUGGUGUCUGUGCAUGGAGUGGCUAUGGAUAUGCAAAAGGUUGAGGAUGUGCAAGAGCAGCCCAUUCUUGCCCGUGCCCAAGAUGCUUUUGACUUACUUAAAUGGGCCUUAUCCACAGCUCAAGUACCUGGUUUACCAGAUUUUUCUCGCCCCUUCGUAUUAGAAACUGAUGCAUCGGGGGUGGGGAUCGGCGCUCCUCGGCUUCAAGCUAAAUCAGGUUACGCCCAGGAGUUGUUGGCUGUCGCUGAGGCUAAGUUUCGCCAUUAUCUCUAUGGCUAUAAGUUCAUGGCCUGUCUUCCUAAGCUACUUAGCUAUGAUUUUACAAUUGAGUUUCGUUCUGGCAAAUCAAAUGUUGCUGCAGGUCCUCUAUCGCAUGUGACGUAUGCUGCUUAUACGGUCAUAAAUUCUGAUUUCUUGGAGAAAUUGCAACGAUUAGUAUUACCGGCAAAUGAACCAGAGUUAAUCAUUCCUCUCUUGCAAGAAUUCCAUUCUUCUCCUAUUGGCGAUCAUGCUGGACUCUUACGUCUCCUCUAUCCACUUCUGAUUCCAACUCAAGUUUGGGAGGAUAUUGCUAUGGAUUUCAUUGUUGGGUUACCUCUUUCUAAGGGUUUUUCAGUCAUUAUGGUGGCUAUUGAUCGUUUAACCAAGUUUGGCCAUUUUGCUCCUCUAAAAGCUAAUUUUACAGCUGCUCAAGUCACCUCUGCCUUUUUAACUACUGUAGUUAAGCUGCAUGGGAUUCCCCGUUCUAUUGUCUCUAAUCGUGACAAAGUGUUCACCAGUGCUUUUUGGUGUCACUUGUUUAAGCUACAAGGCAUUGAAUUGAGGAUGAGUUUGGCCUACCACCCCCAAUCGUAUGGUCAAUCCGAAUUGAAAGAUAAUCUUCGAAAAGCUCAAGAGCGUAUGAAGCGGUUUGCAAAUCGUCAUAGAUGCGAAGUAGAUUUUGCUCGCAUAGGCUCUGUCGCAUACAAGCUAGAACUUCCACAAACAGCACACAUUCACCCAGUAUUUCAUGUUUCCUUGCUCAAGAAGUUUGUCGGGACUACACUACCCCCUCUAAUUUCUCUUCGCUUUCAUUCGGAUGCAUCAGGCUUCUUCGUCGUCCCUGUGGAUGUAGUGCCAGAUUUUCCUACUUUUGACCUUGAGGCCAAGGUCCAAAUUGAUGAGGCGAGUGAUGUUAUAAUGCGAAGGCCACAGGGUAUUGGAUCAUCCAUUCAGCCCAAUGACUCAAGAGUGCUAAAGGUUAGAAGAAGCACGAGGCAGAGAAGGGCCACGUGGAAGGUCCGGGAUCAGAGCACAAACACGAGCAGCUACCCUGAACGCAAGAAGCUACUUUUACGGUCAGAGACAACUGGGAAAUCCUUUCAACACUGCGAUUAUCACUUUGUGAUUUAUUUGUCUGACCAUGCUCUUUCCGAGUCUGAUGCCUGA